AUGGCAGACCAGGCUGCGGCGGCAGCAGAUGCCUCUCCAACCCUGGCACCAUCCCCGGGCUCACCUCGGCGCGGGGACACCGAUGGGCUAACGCCCCAUCCCACCAGCACCAGGGAGGAUGGCGGUGGUCAGGACAGCUGUGGGCCUGUUUUUGCCAUGGACAGUGACAUGAAGCCUCCCUCCUCACCCCAGCCCGGGGGGAUGCUCCUGGCUGACCUCCCACGGGCCCCCCAGCCCCGGCUGAGCCCAGCCAAGUCCCGCACAGCCCCGUCCUCCCCCAGCAUCUCCCCAUCAGAGAACCGCGCCGCCCUGCUCCGGCUGCGGGAGGCCAGGCUGGAGGACACCAAGAGGCGGCUGUCGGACGCUGUGCAGGAGCCCCUCAGCCGGCUCAGCCGGCUCAUGGCCGAGGAGAGCAGCCCCACGCCCCGGGGAAAGACAAGUGCCGGGGGGCAGGAGGUGGGGGGCCACAGGGCUGGGGGACGCCGGGCACAGGACUGGAGCCCCUGGGAGCCCACCCUGAACUGCCGCUACGAGAUCUGCUCCUAUGGGGACGUGAUCCAGGUUGUGGAGGUGGCGCAGCGGGAUGCCGAACCCCAGCUGCCACCCCCCGAGGAGCCACCAUCGGCACGACCAGGGGCCAUGAGCCCCUCCUCCGCCCUGCCACUGCCACCCUACGCUGCUGGCCUCUGCCUGGGGCUCAUCUGUGGGCUGGUGCUGGGCUUCCUCGCCGUCCUCCUCCUCGUGCCGAAGCCUCCACCGGCAGCACGGGGACCACGGGGCCGUCUGCACCCUGAGCUGCUCCCAGGGGAGCCACGGGAAACCCACCGCCUCCAGGGCUGGAUGAACCAGCUGCACAUCUACGACCCCGAGAUUUUCCACCCCUCGCUCACGCACUCGGUGCUUGCCACACUGGAUGGGGCCACCCUCAAGCUCUCCUACCCCAAGAGCAACAUCCCACGCCGAGCCACCUUUGAGGAGGAAAUCCUUGAUGCCACCUUCAUCAGCCACUGCUGCUAUGACCUGACCAAUGCCAAGGUGUUCCUCUGCCCCCCCAGCCUGGCCCGAAAGCGGACGUGGAACCAGAAAUACCCCAUCUGCGUCCUCCUCCCUGACCCGGUGGAGGUGGAGUGCAGGAGCAGCGAGGAGCACAACACAGAGCUGCAGAGGGAUGAAGGGACAAAGAAGGCGCCGGUGCCAGGGCAGGACAUCCCGGGGGACUGCAGGGAGAGGUGCCUGUACCUCUUCGGGCGGACGGGGAGGGAGAAGGAGGAGUGGUACCAGCACCUCGUGCGAGCCUCCCACAGGACACCCUGCAGCAGCCACGGUGAAGCCAGGGCAGGCGUGGGACCAGCUCUGCAGAGCAGUGGCAGCAGCAGCGGGGGGAGUGCCGAGGACAUCCCCUCUGCUGUCCCACCCAAGGACCUGGCAGGAAGCGUCCGACAGAAGAUUUUCCUGGAUUACAGCACCUACAUGGCCCGAUUUGUACCAGCGCAGGUGGGGGGCAGCCCAGACCAGAGCCCCUCUCACGGAGCACUGGGCAGGCCCCCGCCCACAAAGCUUGGCGAGGACACGGCCGGGCGCAGCGAGGCGUGCAUGGCCUGGAUGAACGCGCUGGUGGGGCGCAUCUUCUGGGACUUCCUCCGGGAGCGAUACUGGGCUGAGCAGGUGUCCAACAAGAUCCAGAAGAAGUUGAGCAAGAUCAAGCUCCCAUAUUUCAUGAAUGAGCUGACGCUGACGGAGCUGGACAUGGGCACAUCCAUCCCCUCCGUCCUCAGCGCCUCCAACCCUACUGUCAAUGACCGAGGGCUCUGGGUGGACAUGGAGGUCACCUACAGCGGCUCGUUGCAGAUGACGCUUGAGACAAAGAUGAACCUCUGCAAGCUGGGGAAGGAGAGCGCUGCAGAGGAGAGCGGUCCGGGAGAGGCAGGUGGAGAGGGGACCAGGCCACGGCUGAUCCUGCUGGCAGACAGCGAUGCGGAGUCAUCCAGUGCCGGCUCGUCCGAUGAGGAAGACAUCGCUGCUGCAGAGCCCGCGGGAGCCCUGGGGGAGCGAGUCCCGCCGCCUGGCACUGAGGGCCACAUCAGCGGCAACAGCACGAGCCGGAAGAUCUUGCGCUUUGUGGAUAAGAUCGCCAAGUCCAAGUACUUCCAGAAGGCCACUGAAAAUGAGUUCAUCAAAAAGAAAAUCGAGGAGGUUUCCAACACACCGCUGCUGCUGACGGUGGAGGUGCAGGAGCUGGCAGGCACCUUGGCUGUGAACAUCCCCCCACCACCAACGGACCGUGUCUGGUACAGCUUCCGAGUCCCACCCCAGCUGGAGCUGAAGGUGCGCCCAAAGCUGGGCGAGCGGGAGGUGACAUUCCUCCAUGUCACCGAGUGGAUCGAGAAGAAGCUGCAGCACGAAUUUCAGAAAAUUUUGGUGAUGCCAAACAUGGACGAUCUCGUCCUUCCCAUCAUGCGCUCUGGCCUGGAUCCUCAGCCACCCACUGCGGGGCUGCCCAGGGACCUACCAGCCAAGGGAGAGAAGAGGCUCUGAAGCGCAGCCCCACAGGCAGGGCAGAGACACUGCGCAGAGCUCAGGGACCUCGCUGGGACACGGAGCCAGCCAGGGCCUGGCCACUGACUGCAUCCAGGGCUAUGCUGUGGGAUCUGAGCUUCUCGGUUCAUCUCCUCCUCAGCACUUUUGUAGAUGAGCCUCCUUAAAUACUGCAAGCACACAUUCAGAGCAGAAGCAGACCCAGGGCAAGGGGUUUGCUGGACACCCAAGAACUUCAUGCACCUCCUACCAGGACUCCUGGUCAAGGGGGCAGCUCUAGACCAGCAGAGGGCUGGGCUUUCCACUGUCUGGUUCC